CAUCUCUCUCUCUCUCUCAUAAUUAAUAUUAUCCAGUAAACCUGAUCCACUUGAUAACCAGUAAUUUCUCCUGCUUAGCUCUUAAUUAAUACCCCCCAAUUUAUCUUUAUCUUGUUGGAUCGAUGUGUAACCACAAUUUCAAAUUAUCCACCAACAUGCCCAACGCUUUCUCCUACAGCGUCAAUCAAGUGAACAAGCCUAACAAACUCCCGAACUCACCAAACAGAACCCGCCCUCUCAAAACUCCUCCGUUUCCAUCGUCAAAUCUCCACCCCAAGGCCCAUGACACCCACUUCCCUCUCUGCUCCCCGAAAAAAGUGCAUGAAAAGCCCAUUAGCAGCCCAAGACUCUUCAAACGCCACAAAGACGGCGAUACGGAGAACUCCGAAGUGUUGCAGGGCUUUGCAAUGGUGAAGAGCUCAUCGGAGCCGCAAAAGGAGUUCAGGGAGUCCAUGAUGGAGAUGAUCAAGGAGAACGGCUUGGUGACGGUGAAGGACCUCGAAGAACUGCUUGAGUGCUACUUGUGUUUGAAUUCUAAAGAGUAUCAUAGUGUAAUUGUUGAGGUGUUUGAGGAGAUUUGGUUUGAUAUUAGUACUGAGAGUGUUGAGAGUGUAGGCAUGUGGAACAGUUAAUGUAAUGUUUGGAUUCAAUCUCUAUAACAUAGAGAUUAGCACUUAUUAAUUGUAGUUUUUUUUUUUUGUUAACA